AUGCUCUGCUGCUGCUGCUUUCGCAACGCCUGGCACGAUGCACGCCGGCAUGCUGCCUGCUUCUGCCACCGCUCGUGCUUUGCCCUUGUUGCCUGCCUUUUCUGCAUCCGCUGCUCCUGCUGCUUCUGCACCUACCCUUCUUCCGACCGAUCUCUCAUCUUGUCCUCUGUCCCUUCGCGGGGAUCCAGAGGGCUCUCGGGCCCUUUUUGGGUCCGGGCCGGACGACCGUGGUCCACCGAUUUCGGACCCGCAUCCUUUCGUCCACCGCGCCCCGAUUCUUACGGGCCGGUGGCUGGCCGCGGUGGAGCUUCGCUCCCCGACGAGCCCAUGAGCGAGCAACCGGGUGCACCCCAUGUUUCCGUCGCAACGAUUACCGCGGCGGAUCAUGGUGGUGCUGCCCCCGCCAACGAUAACGGCGGGAGGCUUACCGGUCCCCGUGCUGUCGGGGCUCUGGUCGAUGAAGCCAUUGGGUCGGAAGCAUCCGCGUGCAUCGCCGCCGAUAUUCUGGCGAUCGCGCAGGGUGUGACCAGCACCCAAGCCGACCUCGAUAUCUUGAGGAACGGCGUCUCGGAUAUCACUGAAGCACUUGAGAACAAGAUCCGAGACAUGUGGGAGCUUCUUCAGGCCGAGUUGAGGAAAGAACGUGAGCUGUUCAUGCAGUUCCAGGACUCUUUCCGCGAGAGGCGGAUUUCUGACCACGAGACGCUUGAAGAUCAUUUUGCGAAGCUCACUUCGAUGGUCAAUGACCGACUCAUCGAGUUUGAUGAGCGGAUCCAUCACUUCAACGAAAAGCGUGCUGGAUCACUAUCCAUGCAGCUUGCUGAAACGAUCCACGCGCUGCGGCAGAUCCAGAUCAAUAUCUCAAAUGCCGAGGCGCCGGUCGCUGCGGUGGAGCAGAGCGCUACCCACCGCAUCGAAGUCAUCAGAUCCGAGAUGAGUCGCGCUCUCUGCGAUCAUAAGGAGAGUAACCGAGCUCAUAUCGAUCAGCUGACUGCCUGGAUACAGCACCUCGAAAACGCUCACGUCCGCAGAGGCGGUUCUGAUAGAUCGACGCCUUCGCGUCCGGAACGGACGCAGUUCUUCGAUAUCAGUGACCAUGAUGGGGAUAUCCCACGCCCUGCGGAUCUGCCACCAGUUCCAGGUGCCCUAUUCCCUGGCGGCCAAACUACUGCCAUUCCGAGAUCUUCACUGUUAGGUCCGAUUGAUCAUGGCUCUCCGCCGGGAUGCAAUGCUGCACCUGCUGAAAAGGCCUCAACUGUGCACUCUCAGACGAGUGGCAUCAACCUUGAUGAAAUUUUGAGGCGUGCACAGCAACGAGUCGCUGACGAACAUCUUGGCGAAAGUCACGGGCAAAAUAAUCCUGUUGAGCCCGUUCGACAGAAUUAUGGCCAAACGUCAGCCUCAUUUUCAGGGAGAUCGCCGGAUCCGGCCGUUCCUCCCGCAAAUGCCGAUGGAGCAGUCGAUGAAGCUCCUCGAGUUGACAUUCGACCUGUUCCUGAAGCUCGAAGCUUCGCUCCUGAGCCCAGGCCAAGCCCUACCUUCCCGUGCCAAAUCUCCUAUGACACUCGAUCCGUUCCGGCAGGGAAGGGUCCUUCAAGGUGGUAUGAUGCGAUGCUUGGCCGAUCGAAUCUCAUUGGCAGUGGUGCCGGCGCACCGAUUCUCCAUAGUGAGACUGGUACUUUCACACUGGCGCCGAACACAAGUGUCACAGCAACACUUCGACCUGCUGCGACAAACGAUGCUAUGCCCCCGAUGCCCACCUUCAAUGCCAGAACGUCCGUUCCUGCACCCAGUGCCGCGCCACCCGGAGCGGCGGUUCCCCCGGUGGUGAUGGUCCCAACGAUAACGGGGGUGCAUAUGGCGGUGGUUUCGGAGGAUAUGGACAUCAUGGGUCUGGCUAUGUCCCUGGUGGCGGUGGUGGCCCUCCCGGUGGCCCACCUGGUGGUCCGCCUGGUGGUGGUGGCCCUCCUGGCGGGAGUGGUCCGCCCGAUGGCGGCCUUGAUCCGCCAAGCAUUCGGCCUACCGGUCGACCGAGCGGGAAUGAUACUUUCCAGUGCGAGCGCUGCACCGGAACUUUCCCGACCACCGUGCGACGACCAUGCAUCUCUUAGACAGACUGGGAACCCGCCUGGCCCCAACGAUUCGGGACCUGGUGGACCCAAGGGUGAUGGAUCGUUGAGCGAUGCGAAGAAGGCAAAGUGUAAAUCCUUCCGGCUUGACCCUGAGCCUGAGCCCGCACAAUUGCGACGUUGGAUCGUCGAUAUGAAGGAGCGGGUUGCCAAUGCCUUCGCAUACGAUCCCGGGUACGCACUCUCAUGGGUCGAGAUUCCCGAUGGCACUCGCUACGAGGACCUUCUUGAUGAGUGCAAGUACGGAAUGCUCGAGAACGAAUGCAAUUCGGCUUUCCGUGAGUGCGUUAAGUCUAUUGCUUUGAAGAACAAGAUUCAGACCGAAACCGAGCGCAUGCAUACGAUAAACCGGCGACUCGGGAGUAGGCAGAUAUUGUGGCUCUUGUAUGACUUUCUCCGGCCGCAUGUCACUGGCGACUCGACUUUCAAGCUCGUUGAUCUUAUGAAAACCACGAUUGAUCGGUUUACUCAUGGAUCCGAGCAGGAGAGGCUUGAAGCCUUCUCCAAUCGGUGGGAUCAUGUUCUCGCUGGUAUUUCGGUCGAUCGCCCUGAAGAUCCUGUUCUCUGUGCCCUCUUCUACGAGCAGGUACGUGAGUUCCGUUGCCUUGAGCUCGAUAUGCAAUUGUGGGCCAGAGAUGUGUCUGUGCGGAACUACGCAUAUUUGCGAACUGGCUGCGUCAAUGCGAUUACAACAUGGCGCCGACGACGCAAUCAGGAGAAGAUGUACACCGCUACGCGAUCAUCCUCCGCGCAGAGGCGAUACGCUGCACCUGCGCAUGGCAGUCCGCGUAGAUCCUUCUCCCGAGGUCAGAGAGGGUCCAGAUCGCCUGGCCGCCGUGACUCCAGGAGAGGGAGUCCGUACUAA